AUGGCUAUUAACUUGGGUCCUUCGUUGCGGAAGAGGUGCAGCCCUUGUGUGGCGGUGCUGCUGCUAAGUGCGUUUCUUACAUUUGCGCUUGUAGAAGCAACGGAUGAUAAUCAUGAUUGGUUGUCUUUCACAGUUUUGAAAGGCUUCUUCACAAGUAAAAAUGGAGCGCAAGCAGAAGAUGAUAAGCAGCGGAGGGAUGGGGAAGGAGGUGUCUCUACACCCCAAGUACCUUCUGAGAUUAGCAGUGGAAUAGAUGAGGGGCAUGUCUUUGCCGGAAUGUCUUUAAACACAUCGACAAACUCAACGCAUGCAGAAGCUGAUUAUUCAGCAGAAGAGAGAGGGCAUGCAGCAUCAACAGCAGUUGCAGGAGAAGAGAAAGAAGCAGAUUCAGAAGCAGCAGCAGCGGCAGAGAAAGAAGCAGCAGGAGCAGCAACAGCAGGAGCAGCAGCAGCAGCAGCAGCAGGAGCAGCAGCAGCAGCAGCAGCAGCAGCACGGGGUUCUGAUGAAGCAACUCGCCCCGACGCUGCAGUCUUUGCUAGAGCGCGAGCUUUAUCUGCUCCCUUUGUACGACACUACUUUAAAAAGGUAGUUAUUCUAUGGGAGUGGUAUACAAAGACAGCAGGAGCAACAAUGAAUGGAAAGCGAAGACAAGACGAAGAUGCUUUGCUGGUGCAUGCACCAUCUCACUGGCUGGCGAAUGUUCGGUUUAAGGCUGUCUUCGAUGGUCACGGGGGUUCGACGGUGUCUCGAACGUGUGUAGCUCAGUUUUGCAAUUUCUUUGGUAAUAUGGCUGACUUAUCCCCGGAGACAUUUAAAAGAACAUCUUUACUUCUUGAUGCAGCAAUUCAAGCAGAUCCUGUACGCCACGAAAGAGGAGGCAGCACAGGAUUGGUGGUGGCAAUUGAACGCCCUGACGAGCACACGCCCAGGUUUAAAAUUCACGUUUCUAAUGUUGGAGAUUCUCGCGCAUUUAUUCUCCAUAGAAACGGAGACUAUACAAUUAUGUCGAGAGAUCACAAGCCCAAUGACCCGCAGGAAGUUGCACGAAUUAACCGUGCAGGCGGCUUUGUCUCGCGAACACGAAAGGUGUUUCGUGUGGACGGCACUUUGUCUGUUUCAAGAGCAUUCGGUGAUAUUCGUAUGAAGGCAAAUCCUUCGCUGCCACCUACUGAACAGAAAGUCGUAGCAAUUCCUGAUGUACGCACAUUUGAGGCGUAUGAAGGCGAUUAUAUUUUCAUGGCUUGCGACGGAAUGUUUGAAGCGCCCGGCAUGAGUUGGGAUUAUGUGGCGAAUCUUUUGCAGCGGGAAUUGCAGAACACGAACGACAACCUAGUAGAGACAACAUUUCGUAUGUUGAACACUGCAUAUUUGUUGGGGUCCGAAGACAAUAUUUCAAUUGUAUUGACAAAGUUAAUGAGCAGAAAAAGGAGCAGCAAUAUCACCAAAAGAUUCACCUACGAUUUCUCAGGUCGAAGAGAAUUCGUAGAACAGCAACUGCUGUCAGCUCCAAAUGUAUACAGAAGCGGCACUUAUCACACAUCUGCAGGACCAGUGUGGUCUGCAUCACUACAACAACUCCAGCAAAGCCGACUGGUUGUCUGUGUGGCAGUGCUUUUCAUUUAA